CCUAUUCUCCUUUCUCUGAUCCUCUCGGCUCAGUCAAGCGUCAUCUGGAUUCUGGAGCCUCUGCUCUUUCAAUCAAACUUCAACAAGAAAAACGACGAUUUUAUCCAUUAAUCGGAGAAAUACCCUUUUAAUUCUCCAUUGCCGACGUGUCGGCCUUCUUAUCCUCUCUCGAUUCAUAUAAUUUUUCUUGAGAAUAGCGCGUUUUCGUCGAAAUCAUUACCAAGCAUAGUAUCCAUCAGCACAAUCUUCUACGAAUUUCGCUAAAUUUUCGCACCCCCAUUGAUGGGUUUCGUCAACUAGGGCUGGGGAUUUGGGGAUAUAGCAAUCGGUUGGAUUGGAGCUAGGGUUUUCGAGUAUUUCACGCUGAAAUGAAGAUCGAAGAAUUGGAUGGUAGUAGUGAGAGUAAGUGUGGUAGUGAAAAUGAGAGAAGCCUGAUGAUAGUUCGGGUCGACGCGAAGAGAGCGCUGGUCGGAGCUGGAGCUAGGAUCCUCUUUUAUCCGACCUUACUCUACAAUGUCUUCAGAAACAAAAUUCAGGCCGAGUUUCGAUGGUGGGAUCGGGUUGAUCAGUUUAUUUUGCUAGGAGCUGUGCCAUUUCCAAAGGAUGUUCCACGUUUGAAGCAGCUUGGUGUUGGUGGUGUGAUCACUUUGAAUGAGCCCUAUGAAACUUUGGUUCCAACGUCUUUAUAUCGUGCACAUGAGAUAGACCACCUCGUCAUUCCAACUAGAGAUUAUCUUUUUGCCCCUUCCUUUGGCAAUAUUAACCAAGCGGUGGACUUUAUUCAUAAGAAUGCAACUAGUGGGCGGACUACAUACGUACAUUGCAAAGCAGGUAGAGGAAGGAGCACUACCGUUGUGCUUUGUUAUUUGGUGGUGUAUAAACACAUGACUCCUGCAGCUGCACUGGAUUAUGUCCGCUCUGUAAGACCUAGAGUACUGUUGGCUCCUUCCCAAUGGAAGGCUGUUCUAGAAUUCAAGCAGUGGCGCACUGCAUCAACUACUACAUUUUCGCCUGCAGAUGCCGUGUUGAUCACAAGAGCUGAUCUCGAAGGGUACCAUAGCUCACCCGAUGAUUAUUCUGGUAGGCAGCUGGCAGUCGUCCCCUGUAUGGCUCGGACAAGGCCCAUGAUAGCAAAACUUUCUUGCCUAUUCGCAACGUUGAAAGUGUCUGGUGUUUAUGGACCUGUUAACCGGCAGCUUACAGAGGCUCGUGCCUGCUAAUUCCGUCUCGUAAUCUAUCAGCUUCUGCGGAAGAGAACUGUCAAUAAGUUCGUACAGUAAUGUAUAUAUCUUUAAUAUUUUGCUCACAAGUAAAUAUCCAUGCAAUAUUAAUAGGAAAAAAAAACAUACAGUUGAAGAUCCUUCAACAAUGUAUCACAUCGAUUCUGUAAUAAAACAUAUUAGUUGCUAUCAAUAAUACUAAUCGUCAAUUUGCGUAUAUUAGUA